AUGGACAACAUACUUGCAAAACCGGCCGACCUGUGCUGCCUGAAAGGCGCUUUUCACACCGGGGAGCCGACUGGAUCCAUCGCGCAGAUUGGGGGCGUCGACACAUAUAUCGCCAAACCUCACCCGGAGAGGUCCAAUGGCAAUGUUGUCCUCUUCUUCCCCGACGCGUUUGGCCUACACAUCAGUAACUUCUUGAUGAUGGACGCUUUUGCCGAGUGCGGCUAUCUGACGCUUGGUGUGGAUUAUUUCUUCGGGAUAAAGAACGUUAAAUCGAAAUACGGCACAAGCAAGGACGUCAAGUUCGCUUGCGUGGGAUACUGUUGGGGUGCCCGAUUUGUUUGCCAGCAGUUGUCUGCGGAGGGGAUAUGCAAAGCCGGAGCUAUCGCUCACCCUUCCUUCUUGAAGGAAAGAGAUAUUCCCAAAGUGGACGAACCCAUCUUUCUUUCGGUGCCUGCAGAAGACAAGCUCUUUGAGCCCGCCGAGCGAAGCAGAACAGUCGAAAUCCUGGCAGAAGGCAGCAAACUGUUCAACAUGCAAAUAUUCGCGAAUGUGGGUCACGGGUUCGCGUCACGGGCGCGUCUCACUGAUCCCUAUGAGAAGUGGGCAAAAGAGCAGAGUUUCAAGAGUUUUGCGGACUGGUUCGACUUGUGGCUCCCAAAAAUAUGCCACAUGCUGGAAGAGCGGUGGGCCAAGCUUGAUCUAAGAACGGCUGGUUUAGGCCAGCAACUGUACCUUGACUUAGGUGGGGACUUGAACCUGUACAUCUUCACAUUGCCUGGUCCUGUAAAGAGAGGAGAGGCGAUGUAG